GUGUCUCGUCAUCCCUUCCACCCUCCCUCCCCAUGUCUGAAAAUAACCCGUUGCAGGUGCUCUUUCAGAAACUUGAAUAUUUCUCGAAGGGUGUUCAAACCCAUCUCUCUCAUUUCUUUGGCGUUCCGCGCGACCCAAUAUCGGGUUCAAACGAGAAGCCUUUCUUCUCUGGCUCUUCAAAUUCCAAAAUAAACUUGCGAGAUAGUGAUUCUGUCCAUCUCCAACCCAAAGUUACAUUCAACAAGGGAAAAAUUUCUAAUCCCGUGACAAAAGAAGAGCUUGGAAGGGCUACUUGGACUUUUCUUCACACUCUUGCAGCUCAGAUGGCAAUAUUAUCUCGAAUGUACCCUUGCAAGGAUUGCGCAGACCAUUUUAAAGAAAUCCUAAGGGAAAAUCCUGUACAGGUUGGUUCUCAACCUGAGUUCUCCCAGUGGCUGUGUCAUGUGCACAACGUUGUUAACAGAAGCCUUGGUAAGCUGGUAUUUCCUUGCGAGCGAGUAGAUGCAAGAUGGGGAAAGCUUGAAUGUGAGCAGCGAGCUUGUGAUCUUCAAGGUACUACAAAUUUUGACCAAGAAGCACGUUGAAGUAGCAUUAUUCAUUUGGCAUUUUCUGGAGAUGCAAUACUCAAUUGUUGGGACCAUGGUGGUAAAUUUAACUGUUGUGUGUGGAGUUAAUAAUAUGAAGUUAGGAAAUUAAAGACCACUUGCAAAGUAAAAAGAGAAGAGAAGGAAUAUCAAUGAAAGCAGGAGCAAUUGACAGGUCUUGUUGUUUUCUUCAUUCAUGGGAAAAAAAAUACAGGCCUGACCCUUUAUUGUACCAAUUGAUUAACAUAUGUAUUGGUUUGUAUUAGAGAACAAAGGGGAGAAGAAAGGCAAUCUAAAUUGAACAAUGCCCCUUCUAAUUCUUUUUUUCCUUCUUUGUCAAGUUUUGAUAAUCGUGAGUCUGUUGUCUCACAUGGCAAACAAAAUGAGAAGGAAUUGUUUACAUGACUUAA